AUGGAAUCUUCUCCGAGAGAGGUUGUUCUUAGAGAAGAUGCGAACACGCAUGUGAGAUUGAUCACUUUGAAUAGACCUCGUCAAUUGAAUGUCAUCUCACCCAAAGUGGUUUCCCUGCUAGCUGAAUCUCUAGAGCAAUGGGAGAAAGAUGAUAACGUUGAGCUUGUUUUAUUCAAGGGAAAUGGACGUGCUUAUUCUGCUGGUGGGGAUUUAAAAGUGUUUUAUGAUGGAAGGGAUUCGUAUGAUGCAUGCCUUGAGGUUGUGUACAGGAUGUAUUGGCUGUGUUAUCACAAUCACACCUACAAAAAAAACCAGGUGGCUCUUGUUCAUGGAUUCUCAAUGGGUGGAGGUGCAUCACUGAUGGUCCCAAUGAAGUUCUCAGUAGUCACAGAAAAAACGAUUUUUUCAAUGCCAGAAGCAAGUAUAGGAUUUCACACUGAUUGCAGUUUCUCCUACAUUCUUUCUCGUCUCCCUGGGUCUUUGGGUGAAUACUUGGCCUUAACAGGCGCUCGACUUAACGGGAUAGAGUUAGUUUCAGUGGGUCUUGCCACUCAUUAUGUCCUUUCCGAGAAAUUGCCUGAGCUUGAGAAGCGCCUGAUAGAUUUAAAUUUAGGAGAAGAACACACAGUCAAAUCAGUGAUUGAAGAAUUCUCCUUAGAUGUUAAACCUGAUGCAGGCAGCAUCUUAAACAAGCAGGCAACGAUUGACAAGUGUUUCUCAAAGGGGUCACUAGAGGAGAUAUUUGAAUCAUUCGAAUCUGAGGCAAAGAAUGAAGAAAAUGAAUGGAUUCCUGCAGUGCUUAAGGGCUUGAAGAGAUCGGCCCCAACAGGAUUAAAAAUAACAUUAAGAUCGGUUCGAGAAGGAAGGGAGCAAACUCUACCCGAGUGUCUGAAGAAGGAAUUCAGGCUCACAAUUAACAUACUAAGAAAAUUAAUAUCUGGCGACCUCUAUGAGGGUAUUCGAGCCUUGACAAUUGACAAAGACAAUUCCCCGAUGUGGAACCCAGCUUCUUUGGAGGAGGUAACCAGUGAGAAGUUAGACCUGGUUUUCCAGCCUUUCAAGGAAGACUUGGAGCUUUUCAUUCCCACCGCAGCAGAAAGCAGAAGGGAUGGCAAGUAUGAGAAUUCAGUCUAUGCUAGCUCAAACACAACACUGGCUCGAAAUCCUUAGUCAGUAGUGAGGUUUUCUUUGGCCAUGAAAUUUCCGUGUUUUGGUUAAAACGUGUAAAAUUACCUACUAAAUAUUAUGAAAAAGAGAGAAAUAAAGUAAAAUGGUAUGUCUGAAUUGCUCAUCUUGACUCGCCUUUGUUUCAGUUGUUUGUUAUCCUCCCACGUCUUUCCUGUGACUGAAUAUCUACUUGUAAGCUUUAUACAUGGCUUCCGUACUCUGUAUGUAUCUAGUUCUUUUGUUGUUUCCUAGUCAGUUGGUAUCAUGAAGUAGAUUUAUACAAAAUACGUCGAGCUUUGAGUUUCAAUCGUUUUUUAUUCUGUUUUUAUUUGUUUAAGACUCAACUAACGAGCUUUGAGUUUCAAUCGUUUUUUAUUCUGUUUUCAUUUGUUUAAGACUCAACUGACGAGCUUUGAGUUUCAAUCGUUUUUUGUUCUGUUUUCAUUUGUUCAAGACUCAACUGAAGAUGUGUAUAAACAUCUCCGGCUCUUUGUUAUAGAAAAAGGAACAAGUUAUAACAGCUGUGAAUUUUCGCUCUCCCAUGUAAACAACAUGAUUGCAGAAGAAAAUGAUCAUCUUGCCAUAGAAAAACAGGAAAACGAAUUUGGAAGUAAUGGAAAUUAAGUGUUUGGCCCUCUCCUCACUCUUUCUUAGAACGAAUUUUGGGGACCGUGGUUAUUUUUUGGGACCAUUGUUUUAUUUUGGGUAAAAUAUUUUGAAGUAAAUCUAAGCCACCUCUUAUUUAUUUAUAUUAAUACCAAAAAUACCCUUCUUGAUUAAUUUUGUGCGAUGAUUAGUUAGUGUAACGAUUAAGUUAAGUUAACUGGUUGAAGAAGAAGGCGGAGAAAAAACAUUAUUUUGAGUUUCAUGAAUAUAAAUUGAGUGAUUCAAGUGAUGAUCAUAGCUCCUCCGAAUUUUCCUCUCCUUUCUCUCCUAGAAUAUUCGUUAAUCUUCACAACGAUCCAGAUAUGAGUUAUUUAUUAGAUGGUGAUUGCACUCUACCCCAAACUCAUGAUGGUUUUUAUGAGCCACAAUCGGAGGAAGAGUAUUUGGAUACUCAGGUAUGCUUCAAACUUAGUUAAUGUUGUUUGAAUUGGUCAAAAUUUUUCUAAAAAUGUAAAAAUUUAAGUAGAUAUCGGCUAGGUCAAAUGAAUUAAGCUACAUUAUCUGAAAAGCGGGUAGCCGAACAUAUUUGGAAGUCUAAUUUCUUCGAAGACGCAGGUAGCCGAACUAAACUUUAAUGGAGGUUUUCUUAGUUCGACAAAUAGAUUCCAGAACAUGUAGCUGAACUUUUAAAAUAGAGUUUACGGUGUCAUGUUCGGUUCAGUCGAGUCACAAAGUUUGUAGCCGAACUUUAAGAUUUGAAAUUUGGUAAAAACCCAAGUGUGAUCAAAGUUCGGUUUGUUCGCAAAGUUACCUAUACUGCCGAACUUCACGUUUAAAGCUAGUUAAAAUCCAAAGUGUUAACUUCAGCUAGCAAUUUCUUGCCGAACAAUAGCCAUUAAAUGUUCGGUGGCUUUAACAAUUUUUCUUUUGCAGCCCAACUCUGUGUUCGAUUUGGUCGACAAAUUUAUGUAAUAGACGAACCUAUUUGUAUUAUUUGUUUGUGACUGCAAUUGAUUUUGUGCUAUUUCUCGU